AUGGGCAUCAUAAUAACCAAUCAAAUGCCGUUUCGAGGUGAUCGAUCGGCACCAGUAUUCGAUCCCGAUCAGCCGAGGACACUAUUUCGGUUCUUCGACGACCUCAAAAUACUAUUCAAUCAUUGUCAAAUCACGAGCGAAGCCGACAAGAAGCUGCGGGUAAAACAGUACCUUAAUAUCGAUGUGGCUGAUCUUGUAGAAUCGCUUCCAGAAUACAUUGAUCCCUUAAAAAUAUAUCGAGACUUGAAGCCAGCAAUUCAGGAGCUAUAUCUGGACAUGGACACAGAGUGGAAAUGGGAGGUCUGGGAUAUGGAUCUGUUAAUAGGGGAACGUGCCCGCCUCAGAAUCCAGACAAUUGCAGAGCUAGAGAACUAUCACCGAGAGUUCCUAGCAAUUACGUCGUUCCUGAUUGACAAAAAACUGCAUCUCCGAAGAUUACAACUAAAACAGCCCAAUCAUUAUCCCAAUGAUCCAUACCCUGUCAACGACAUUUACGAAGCAGCCAAGUUCAUUCUACAUUGA